AGAAGAAAGGAUUACACAAAGGUUGAUGCCAAUGUACAGAUUUAGGGAAAUGAUAAUGUUCUUAUAUUUGGAUGGUCUUUAAAAAGUAGGUGGUGAGUAUGAAUUGUAAACUGUUGAUUAGAAAAUAUAUUCAUGUCAGAACUUUGGGAAAACUUAACUGUAACUCAGUUUUGCCAAACUUCCCUAUGAGGGAAGGCUAUCUUCCCAUGAAAAGACUGCCUUUAUUGGAAUCUGCAGUAUUUCUACCUUUUAACAUUUUUCUCUCAAAUCAUUGACCAGUAUGGUGUCAUUCAGUCCACUAAUCAAGGUGCAGGUAUCACUGUCAAAAAUUUACACUUUUUUGUAGGAAUAGUGCAGCCUCGUUUAGACCUGAUCUGUGGACUUUUCAUCUUCAAGGUAUUGACCCACACUACUUGGAUGAAUCUGAUCAUCUCCUAGGAGACUUGAAUGUUGAGUUUCUAUAAGUAAACCAGUUCUUUCUUGUUUGGAGCAAUGGUGAAAUUCCAAGAGGCUGCUAAGUGUGUGAGUGGAUCAAUAGCCAUUUCUACUUAUCCAAAGACCUUGAUUGCAAGAAGAUACGCACUUCAACAGAAACUUGGCAGUGGAAGUUUUGGAACUGUCUAUCUGAUUUCAGACAAGGAAGCCAAACAAAGAGAGGAAUUAAAGGUACUGAAGGAAAUCUCUGUUGGAGAACUCAAUCUGAAUGAGACUGUACAGGCCAAUUUGGAGGCCCAGCUCCUUUCCAAGCUGGACCACCCAGCCAUUGUCAAGUUCCACACAAGCUUUGUGGAGCAAGAUAGUUUCUUCAUUAUCAUGGAGUACUGUGAGGGCCAAGAUCUGGACUAUAAAAUUCAGGAAUUUAAAGAAGCAGGAAAAACCUUUCCAGAAAGUCAAAUAAUAGAAUGGUUUAUCCAGUUGUUACUGGGGGUUGACUACAUGCAUGAAAGGUCUUUGGCAUGCAUUUUAUAUGAGAUGUGCUGCAUGAAUCAUGCAUUCACCGGAUCCAAUUUCUUGUCCAUUGUUUUAAAAAUUGUUGAAGGUGACACACCUUCUCUCCCAGAGAGAUACCCAAGAGAACUGAAUGCCAUAAUGGAAUGCAUGUUGAACAAGAGUCCUUCAUUGAGACCACCUGCUAUAGAAAUUUUAAAAAUCCCUUACAUUGAUGAACAACUACAGCACCUGAUGUACACAUAUUCAGAAAUCACUCUGAAAGACAAGAAUUGGAGUUGUCAGAAGGAGGCUGCUCAUAUAAUUAAUGCCAUGCAAAAGAAGACCCACCUGCAGACUCUGCGGGCACUGUAUGAAGUGCAGAAAAUGAUCCCGAGAGAAAGCACGUGGCUGCGGAGGCCGCAGGCAGCCAAUGACAAGGCCAGAAAGCAGAAAAAACUUGUGGAAGAAAAAUAUGAAGAAAAUAACAAACAAAUGCAGGAGCUGAGGUCUCGAAACUUUCAGCAGAUAACUGUUGGUGUACUCCAUGCAAAAAAGCAUUUAAUUGGAAUGGAAGAGAAGGAAGAGCCACCUGAGCGGAGGCUUCCUGGUUCAGGCCAGGAGGAGGACGAGGAGGGGAGGCUGGGCAGAGAAGAGGAAUUUGAUGACCUGACUUCAAAGAACCUGCCUGAGUCUCAGCACAUAUCUUCCCUGGACCUUGGCAUGCUUGAAUCAAGUGUAGAGGACACCAUGGCUGACCUUGGAGAUCAUGAGAUCCCAGAAGACCCUCUUGUGGCUGAAGAGUAUUACACAGAUGCAUUUGAUUCCUGUUCUGCAGAAAGUGAAGAGGAGGAAGAAGAAAUAGUGUUUUCAGGACUGGAGGAAGAGGUCAAGGAUGAGGGACCCAAGACUGCUUACAGAACAAACCAACAGAACAGUGAUAAUGAAGUGCUGAUUAGGUGUUUGGAAAAUGUCCUGGGUUGCACCUCUCUAGGUCAGCCAUGCAGAAGUUGGGGCCAGAAGUAUUUGAGAAGGUCUAUAAUUACCUCAAGCAGGCAAGGCGACAGAAUGCCAGUGAAGUAGAGGUCCGGGCAUCCCUAGAAAAAGUGGUACCUCAUGCCAGUGACUGUUUUGAGGUUGACCAGCUCCUCUACUUUGAGUAACAGUUGCUGAUCACAGUGGGAGAAAAGCCCACACUCCAGAGCCAUCACAAACAACCAUCAAAAGCAAGCAAGUUCAAAGGAACAAAUUUCUGUGAAAAUCCAUUCAGCACGUAAGCUGGACUCCCACACAUGGGAAUGGGCACACAGCUGGGCCUGACACCUUCACUUCCAUGCUGUAUCAAAAGGAAUGUCCCUUCAGAGUCGUGCUGGGCCAGCCAGCGUCAUGUGCUCUUUGCUCUGUGAUAAACCGGCCUCCUGAGAAUCAUCCCCGCACCAGUGCCCUUGGACUUUCACACCAACAGUGGCCCGAACAUGCCACCCACCCUUCACCACCUCCCCUGGGAGGACACACUCAGUGCCAGCCUCGGGUCUCCGUGCUGCGUGGACAGCCUCUCCUCAGGGUCACUGGGUGCUGAACACUGGCCUCCGACAUGCCGACUGCUGCCCAGGAGUCACACCUGCUGGCUCAGGUGAGCUGGUUCUGGCCCACUUUUGCCUCCCUGGCUAGCAAGCAAGAAGUGCACACACACAAGGACCUGGACCUAAAGUCCCAGCAGUGAUUCUGUAACUUUGUAAGUCUGGGGAAAGGAAAUCCCCGGGCAAAAUACCUCUAAAAACUGAAAUCAGUUAAAGGGAGCAAUUAAGUUUAAAAUCUGUUUAUUGCUCACAAACUGCAGUUCUGGGCCAUCUCUCUUUCCCGCUCCAGCAGAAGCAAAACUGGCCUCACCUCUCCGCUACAGAUAAGCCCUCUGUGCCCAGGUAAUUACCCACUGAUAUGGAGGUGAACUUCUCUCCCCCACUGAGGAAUGAUGCAAAUGCCCUCAAGCCAUACUUCUUUCCACCUCUGAAUGCCUAUUGAUAUGCCAAUGUGCCAAAGCAAGUGAGAUAUUCUGGAAAUGCUACAAUUUUACCCACAGUGUCCACACUCACCUAUGGGGUUUUAAAGACUUGUAUUCUUAAUAAAUAAAUUUUCCAUGGUUAUAGAGUAAGUCCCCUUUUUAUCCAUUUCUUAUCCAUAAGUGUGUCAGGUGUAACACAUCCAUGUCGUAUCAGGAGGACUGUCGGUGCCUGUUAUGUAUCAGUACCAUGCUCUGUGCUCACGACUUGAGGCCUUACUUCUUUGGGUCUUGCCACCCAUGAGAGAAAGAUGAUCCCCGUCUUUCAGGCAACCUGUCUGGAGGCGGCCUGCCCG